AUAAAGCAGCUGUUUCGCUUUUUGCCUAACCGCCCUCAUUCAUGGCUGCGCCGUGACUUCUGCUGCCGCUCCCGCCGCUGCUAUUCUCACGUCGCCCGUCUGUUCUUAGCCGGAGAGACCCGCCCUUUGCGUAUGAAUUCACGGAGUCGGGAAACCUUAGCGGGGACUGGAAGAAAGUCUCUCCGCUGAUCCUUCGGAGCAACGGCGGGCAGCCGCGAGCAGGACAGAGCGGCUGCCCGGUCCUCCUUCCUAGCUGUCGGUCAAGAGGGCACCGCCGGAAAACAAGGCCGGCCCUUCCCGCCCUUCCUUCAUGCCGCCGCCGCCGCCUCAACCGGCGGUCUUCUUCGAGCGGGAGCUGCCCCGGCGGGACGGCUCCGGGAUCCUCCGGCUGACGCAGCGUUCGGCCGGCGGGACUGGCUCGGUGGUGUGGGACGCCGCGCUGGUGCUGGCCCGCUUCCUGGAGAAGAGCGCGGCGCAAACAGGGCAAGGCACGGAGGAGAGCGGCGGAAGCCCGGUGGGCCGCCUCCGCCACAAGGCCGCGCUCGAAUUGGGAGCCGGCACCGGCCUCGUCGGCCUCGUGGCUGCCGGCCUCGGAGCAAAUGUUACUGUUACUGAUCUGGAGGAAGUUCAGGAUUUAUUAAAAGUGAAUAUUGAGAAUAAUCAACAUCUAGUGUCAGGUUCUAUUGAAGCCAAGGUACUGAAAUGGGGGGAGGAUGUGACAGAUUUUCUUCCUGCGCCUGAUUUCAUAUUGAUGGCAGACUGCAUCUACUACGAAGAGUCACUGGAACCAUUGGUUAAGACCCUGAGGGACUUGGCUGGCUUGGAUACUUUCAUCCUUUGCUGUUAUGAAGAAAGAACUGUGGGACAAAACCCAGAAAUAGAGAAAAAAUACUUUGAGCUUCUUCAAAGGGACUUUGAGUUGCAAAAGGUUCCCUUGGGUGAACAUGAUGAAGAAUAUCGGAGUGAAGACAUUCAUAUCUUUAUCAUGCAAAAGAAAAAAAUGAAUAUUUCAUCAUGAAAUCCUGGAUGCUGUUUUCUGACCUCUAAUUUACAGAAAAACUCUGAAGAAAAUUGGAAAUUAAAGAAUUUUUAAUAAAUUUUCUGCAGAACAUCUCUACAGCCAGAAGGAAAUCAGCAUAUUGUUUUAUACUAAAGUGAUUUCAGAAAAAAAAUCAAUUCUCUUGAAAAAAAAACUGCAAGCUGAAGGAGAAAGAAAAAAGAAAGAAAAAGAGAAACAUUUACCUGAGAAUGUCAGAUGAAUGGUUUUGUAUGAAUAUAUGCAUAAUAUGCAAUCUCUUGGGCAAAACCUGUUUUAAUAUUAAUAUUUUAUUAUAAAAUUUAUAUAUUAAAAUUCUUUUUCCUAUUUAAAUGGGCAGAAUGGUGCAUCAUAGGACAACAAUUUUUGAACCAAGGUAUCACAAAUGGGCUUACCAUCCUGCUGGGAAAGGAAGGAAAUGAAUAGGGAGGGAGGGAGAGAGGGAGGGAGGAAGGAACAGCAGGGAAAAAACUUAGCACCUUUUUUGCCCCAGACUGCUCCCUGCACCUUCCCCAAAACCAUGUGGCACUUGUGGACCCCCACACAUCCUCCCUGGCCUCUGCCACCCUCCCUGUGUGCCUUUCCUAACCCACACAGCACCUCUUGCACAUCUCCAUUCUCCUUUUCUGACCUGCACCACACCCUCAUGCAGCAUCUCUUGGGCACCCCACACACCCUUCUUGACCCACACUGCCUCCCUGCACCACUCCUGACCUGCAUGGCACCUCUCAUGUGCUCCCAAGCAGUCCCAUGCACCAUCUGCGAACACCUCCGCCCCAGUUCUUCAAUUACACCAACUCCUGUGCACCCUCCCCAACCUGCAUGGCAUCUCUUCCACACAUCCAGAGAUGCUUCCCCAAUCACACAGCACCUCUCAUGACUCCCCACUUACCUGUCUGCUAGCCUCGGACCUGUAACUUCCCAUUACAGGAGAAGGAGGAGGAGCACCCGGAGGCUCCAGUUAGUUUAGAAUGCGGCUGCACGGGUGAUAGAGGGAGCCCCUCGUGGCUCCCAUGUGACACCUCUCCUGCGCAGACUGCACUGGCUACCUGUGGCCUUCGGGGUGCACUUCAAGGUUCUGGUGACUAUCUUCAAAGCGCUCCAUGGCAUAGGGCCGGGAUACUUACGGGACCGUCUGCUGCUACCGAAUACCUCUCACCGACCCGUUCGCUCUCACAGAGAGGGACUCUUCAGGGUGCCGUCGGCCAGACAGUGCCGGCUGGCGACACCCAGGGGAAGGGCCUUCUCUGUGGGGGCCCCCACCCUCUGGAACGAGCUUCCCCCAGGACUUCGCCAAUUUCCCGACCUUCGAACCUUUCGCCGCGAGCUUAAGACACAUCUAUUUAUUUGCGCAGGACUGGACUAGAUUUUAAAUUCGAAUUGGUUUUAAUGGGGAUUUUAUUAUUUUUAUUGUCAUUUUUAAUUAUUCGGCCAUUUGUAAUAAGUUUUUUAAUGGAUGUUUUAUUUGUAUUUAUAUGUAUAUUUUUAUCUGGCUGUGAACCACCCUGAGUCCCUAGGGAGAUAGGGCGGUAUAAAAAUGCGAAAAAUAAAUAAAUAAAUAAAUAAAUAAAUUGAUUUUUUUCCUGCAAGCUUUCCACAAGUAAAGUAAACGGGGAAGCUGGCAGAAAUUCUAAGGAAGAGGGAAGCCAGGAAGAAAACGACAGAAUGACAAGAAGGGAGGGAGAAGCAUUUCUGAUGCUCUUUACCAGUUUCCCCUCAUGUAAAUUCAAUGGGGAAGACGGCAGGAAGUAGAAGUUGUUCCUGCUCCCAUAGUGUUUUUGCCCAGCUGUGGUCAUUCUGUUUUUCUGUUUAGUAAAAUGUCUCUAGUAAAGAAUGACCCAGAUGGGUUGUCUUGUUUAAUGAUUUAUUAAACUAUUGUUCUUAUC